ACGGACAAACGAAAUCCGAGAAACCGUUGCUGCUUCUGGCCGUCACUUGUGCCGCCCUGCGCCACAGAGCCCCAGUAGGCCAGUACAAAUACGCACCCCACAUUCCCAGGCCAGACGGCUCGUGACUAAGCCACACGACAAAGCUCUCUCUCACCCACAGAGCCAAAGAUCCCCUCUUUUCUCAAUCUCCUCUGUUCUCUCUGUACCCCUCCCAUGGCGCCGACUGCUCAGGUUGCGGCGGCGCCCGUGCAGGAGCGUCGAGUUGUUGGCGGUGGCGGCGGAGGGGCUGGGUUGAAGGCGGCGGUGAGGUGCCACCCGGCGCUGACGCCGUCGACGGAGGCGGGGAAGAAGGCGUCCAUCAGGGGCGUCGUGGGCGAGCUGCUCGGGUGCGCCGGCAGCAGCGGAGGAGAGGACAAGGGGCUCGUCUCCCUCGGCGUCGGCGACGCCUCCGCGCACGCCUGCUUCCGCCGCGGCGGCGAGUUCUCCGCCGAAGCCGUAGCCGCCGCCGCCGUCUCCGGGGACUUCGACUGCUACGCGCCCUCCUUCGGCUUCCCCGCCGCGCGCAGUGCGGUCGCUGACUACCUGUCUGCCGGUGCGCGCCACAGCACCCGGGACUCUGACGUGUUCUUGACGGUCGGCGGCACAGGUGCCAUCACCGCAAUCACCACGGUGCUUGGUGGGGCUCCAGGGGCAAACAUCCUGCUUCCUCGACCAGGCUUUACGCCAUACGAGGCGGCCUGCGAGCUCGUUGGUGCAGAGCCUCGGUUCUACGACCUUCUACCGCGGCAUGGCUGGGAGGCUGACCUUACAGGCGUGCGUGCUCUGGCUGACAGUGCCACAGCAGCCAUUGUUGUCAUCAACCCAAACAAUCCGUGUGGCGCAGUCUACUCUGUCCAGCAUCUCCUCCAGAUUGCUGAAACUGCAAGAGAUUUGGGAAUUCCAGUCAUAUCAGAUGAGGUAUAUGCACAUAUGGUCUUUGGUGGCAGCAAGUUUGUGCCAAUGGCCUCAUAUGCACACAUUGCACCAGUCAUCACCAUUGGAGCAAUCUCAAAAAGGUUCAUGUUACCAGGAUGGCGUCUCGGUUGGUUGGCCUUCUGUGAUCCUAAUGGUGCACUAAAGCAUGUCAGAACUGCAACAGAGAUGCUACUGAAUGUGACUUCAGGCCCAGCCUCAAUCAUUCAGGCAGCACUUCCUAACAUUCUUUCGUACGAACACAAGGAGUUCCAUCUGAAUGUCGUGAACUUGCUCGAGUCUGCUGCCGAUGCUCUCUACAGAAAAGUGAACCAGAUUGAAGCUCUGCAUUGCUACUCAAAGCCUCACGGUUCAAUGUUCAUGAUGGUUGAAAUCAACACUUCACUUCUAUUCGGCAUUGCAGAUGACAUGGACUUUGCCCGUGAAUUGAUCAAAGAAGAAUCUGUCUUGAUUUUACCUGGUUCUGUCCUUGGGUUGAAGAACUGGGUUAGGAUAUUCUUUGGGGCUCCUGUUAAUCUAAUGCUGGAAGCCUGCGACAGGAUUGAAUCAUUUUGCCACAGAAGAGCAGGUCAAGUAAAACUACAGAAAAAGAAGUUCUGAAACCAGCAUAUAGGGUUUUUGUUAGCUCCUUAACGUGUGUACAGCCUUUUAUUCAGUUCUCAGAAGAAUUUUUUAUGCCCAUACACCUGAGAUUUGUAUAUAGAAUCUUAGGAACAGUUACCAGAUAGUGUAUAACAGAAUAAACUUUGCACCAAAUAAAGGUUUGCAGAAUAAUCAUUCAUUUUAUUCAUUUAUUUGACAGCAGAAGUAUGGUUAUCCACUAUUCAUUUAUUCAAUAACAAGGUUAUUUCCAGCAA